UGAUACAUCUACUGGCAUUUCCAUGGCAAAUUAAAGAAGGAGUUGUCAUGUACUUUGCAAAAGAAUGUGGGCAGGCAGUGUAUCAUUCGCUUCCUUUACAUAUAAGUUUUGGAUCUCAAUGAUCCCUUCAGUACUGAAGUUAAGCCAAGAAUCCUGCUCAUGGGAUUGAGAAGAAGUGGGAAGUCUUCCAUUCAGAAAGUUGUCUUUCACAAAAUGUCACCAAAUGAGACCCUCUUCUUGGAGAGCACCAACAAGAUCUGCAGAGAGGAUGUUUCCAACAGCUCCUUCGUCAACUUUCAGAUAUGGGAUUUCCCUGGGCAAAUUGACUUCUUUGAUCCUACAUUUGAUUAUGAGAUGAUUUUCAGAGGCACUGGAGCACUUAUAUUUGUUAUUGAUUCUCAGGAUGAUUAUAUGGAAGCAUUAGCUCGGCUGCAUCUUACUGUGACCAGAGCCUAUAAAGUGAAUCCAGAUAUCAACUUUGAAAUCUUUAUUCAUAAAGUGGAUGGCUUAUCUGAUGACCACAAGAUUGAAACACAAAGAGAUAUUCACCAGAGAGCAAAUGAUGACCUUGCAGAUGCUGGAUUGGAGAAAAUUCACCUCAGCUUUUAUCUGACAAGCAUAUAUGAUCAUUCUAUAUUUGAAGCCUUUAGCAAAGUGGUACAGAAACUGAUUCCACAGCUCCCAACACUGGAAAACCUACUUAACAUCUUUAUUUCAAAUUCUGGGAUUGAAAAAGCAUUUUUAUUUGAUGUAGUCAGUAAAAUCUAUAUUGCAACGGAUAGUACUCCAGUGGAUAUGCAGACUUACGAGCUUUGCUGUGAUAUGAUAGAUGUUGUGAUUGACAUUUCUUGUAUAUAUGGGCUCAAAGAUGAUGGCACUGGGACUCCUUAUGACAAAGAAUCAAUGGCAAUCAUAAAACUGAACAAUACAACUGUCCUAUAUUUGAAAGAAGUGACAAAAUUCCUUGCUCUUGUUUGCUUUGUAAGAGAAGAAAGCUUUGAGAGAAAAGGAUUAAUAGACUACAAUUUCCAUUGCUUUCGAAAAGCCAUACAAGAAGUAUUUGAAGUACGAAUGAAAGUAGUGAGAUCUCGAAAACAUCAAAGCCACAUGCGAAAAAAUAAGAGGGCCACCCCCAACGGGACACCCAGACUGCCGCUGUGAUGGGGGCUCAGCUGGCUCUGAAGAGCACGGCUUUUCUUUGCAUUGAUGUGACUUCUGCAUCUCAUUGCACUGAGUGAAGAGGAAAACAAACAGGACUGAUGUAUUAGAUGAAUUUUCUCCGACCCUUCAGAAAGCACUGUUUAAAUAUUUUUAUCCAAUCAGUUUUUUUCAUAUAGUGAGCACUUUGAGCAAAAUGUUGUAUAUAUAAGCAUUGAGGUGAACACUUGUAAGAAUUUUCUUAAUAUAUGCUGUAAACCUUUUUCAUGCCAUAUUAAGAAAAAUCAGCUGUGACAGAAAUACUGGGUACAUAAUUUGCACUUUUUCAUGUUUUCCUUGUGGAGUUGGACUUUGAUAAACUUAGUUUUUAUGGUGAUUUUGAUGCAUGGUGUCAGGUAAAAUGUAUGCUGUAGUUUAUUUACCUGCUAAGAUCAAAUUGGUUAGUAAACAAUCAAGAAAACUCGGUAUAAUGCCUUUUAAAAUUUGUGACAGCUAAUAUCGAACAUUCAUACAGAUCUAAUUUCAUAUAUUUUUCAAUUUGUAAACUGAAGAAUUAUUUUGAAAGUAUGAUAGCAAUAAGCACCUUGCCAGGGAUCAUAACUGGUAGGUAAAUAUUAGCUUUUAUAAAACAGGCUUUUGGCCAAAUUUUACCCGGAGUUCUCCAUAACACUGGUAAUACCCUCUGUUGGGUCUAUUUUUAUUCUUUACCUCAACAUAUACCACUAAAAUACCUUUCUAUAAAGAUAAUUGUUUUGUAAAAUGGC